ACCCAAAAUGUGAUCUCCUCGGUUGCUGGGAGUGACGACAGGACGCUUUCUGUUCAAGCAAGCAGCAACAAGCUUAGCGUUCGUUUAUAGAUAGCUACGGUAUAAGCCCUGGACAUAGUUAGCGUUCUAGCGAGGUACCACUUUAUUUAUUUUAGCACCACAAAGAAGACAAAAUGGAGGUACCGAUGGAUCCCUUGUUUCUUGCAUGGAGCUACUUCAGAAGACGGAGGUUCCAACCAUGUUCCGAUAUUUGUUCGAAGAUUUUGGAGGACAGUCCAUAUGACCAGGAGGCUGACUCCUCAUCACAUAUCUCAGAGGCUGCGUGGAGUCUGAAGACCCGUGCUCUAACAGAGAUGGUGUACAUUGAUGAGGUUGAGGUGGACCAAGAGGGCAUUGCUGAGAUGACACUUGAUGAGAGCUCCAUUGCCCAGGUUGCCCGUCCUGGGACAUCACUGAGGCUUCCCGGUACAAGUCAUGGAGGUGGACCCACUCCAGCAAUAAGGCCCAUGACACAAUCUGGACGCCCUAUUACUGGGUUUGUGAGGCCCAGUACCCAGUCUGGCAGACCAGGGACGAUGGAACAAGCCAUCAGGACUCCUCGCACAGCACACACUGCCCGCCCUGUCACUAGUGCGUCUGGGAGAUUUGUCCGGCUGGGAACAGCCUCCAUGCUUACCAAUCCCGAGGGACCAUUUAUAAACAUGUCUAGACUCAACUUGGCCAAAUAUGCCCGGAAACCCAAUUUGUCCAGGACCCUGUUUGAGUACAUCUUCCAUCAUGAAAAUGAUGUAAAAAAUGCAUUAGACUUGGCUGCUUUGGCCACUGAGAACGCUCAGUUUAAAGACUGGUGGUGGAAAGUCCAGCUAGGCAAAUGCUACUACAGACUUGGUUUAUACCGGGAAUCAGAAAAACAGUUCCGAUCUGCUCUCAAUCAUCAAGAGGUGGUGGACACAUACCUCUAUCUGGCCAAGGUGUAUCAGCGCCUUGAUCAGCCGGUAACUGCGCUCAACCUUUUCAAGCAAGGUCUGGACCACUUCCCUGGGGAGGUCACUCUCUUGACAGGAAUCGCUCGCAUUCACGAGGAAAUGAAUAACAUCACCUCAGCCACAGAGUACUACAAAGAUGUCCUAAAGCAGGACAACACUCACGUUGAGGCUAUUGCCUGUAUAGGCAGCAAUUACUUUUACACAGACCAACCAGAGAUCGCUCUGCGCUUUUACAGACGGCUGCUGCAGAUGGGGGUUUAUAAUUGCCAGCUGUACAACAACCUGGGACUGUGUUGCUUUUACGCCCAGCAGUAUGACAUGACCCUUUCCUCCUUCGAGAGGGCUCUGGCCCUGGUGGCUAAUGAUGAGGAACAGGCUGACGUCUGGUACAACAUCGGACACAUAGCCGUGGGAAUUGGAGACCUGACCCUGGCCUACCAAUGUUUUAAACUGGCUUUGGCGUUUAACAAUGACCAUGCUGAGGCCUAUAAUAACCUAGCCGUGCUGGAGCUACGCAAGGGUCGCAUUGAGCAGUCCAAAGCCUUGCUCCAGACAGCUGCAUCGCUCGCCCCUCACAUGUAUGAACCACACUUCAACUAUUCCACCCUGUCAGAAAAGAUUGGAGAUCUGCAGAGUAGCUACACAGCUGCCCUGAAGUCAGAAGAUGCUUUUCCCGAGCAUGUAGAUACCCAGCAGAUCUUGAAACACUUGCGCCAGCACUUUGCUGUAUUAUGAAAUACUUAUUGACACACCUGAUCUGAGUCCAACCAGCCUGUGUGAUAUCUCACAUACUCAGUUUUCAUAGAAUUUAAUAACAGUUAAAAGGCCUCCUAUUGUGGUUAGACUUUAUCAUGAUCUAGAGAAAUAUAUUUUGCUCGCAGGAACAGAAUUAUGUGAAGGGCAAUCAAACUCACAACACACAAAUAAUUUAAAAGUUGUUUACAACUGCCUGGCCCAACAUGUUAUUUGCUUUAAUCUAAGUACAGUGGAGAGAACAAGUAUUUGAUACACAGGUUUUCCUACUUACAAAGCAUGUAGAAGUCUGUAAUUUUUAUCAUCGGAACACUUCAACUGUGAG